AUGGAACUCUGGUAUUCUUUAGUGGUAGCCACGUAUAUUUCAUUGGCGGCUGAACCUGUAAAUGCACUAUUUCAUUGUAAGCCAAGGUUUGAUGGAAAGUCAUUCGAUUUAAGUGAACUGAGCGGGCCUCGCAGUGUUUCAUAUUCACACAAUACUCCACCUUCUCUUACAAACACGACUUGGUAUAUCGACCCUUGUAAUGAACUAGAUAUCAAGAAACUCCCCGAAAAUACUUGUCCCAAAGGAAGUCAGAUAUGUGGAGUUCAGACCCUGACAAUUCCCAAAGAUGAUCUCACUGUUGUUAGCCAGGUUAUUCCUGUCACUGGAGACUUCGACGGUUUAGAAUCUGGGGCACAAUACUCUAAAAUUGAUGGAAAUCGUGGAGUUAGUGUGUCGCUUUCGGGUGGAUCUUGGGGAGACUCUAAAGAUUUGAAAGCGGAUAUCGACUUUUAUUGUGUUGAUAAUGAUUCUAAUGAUAAAGAUAAGCUGGAGUUUGUGUCGUGGGAUGAUAAGACUCUAAAGCUCAAAUGGUCGUCUCCAAAAGCUUGUCCUUUAAGUGACGACGGAGGAGAUAAAGACAAGAAUAAAGAUGGGAAUAAUGAUGAUAAGGAUAAGGACGGUAAUGAUGAUAAAGAUAAAGGCGGUGAUAAGGAUGGUCAUGACGAUAAGGAUAAAGGUGGAAAUGAUGACAAUAGAGAGGAUACUUCUGGACAGAGUUGGGGUUGGUUUACUUGGCUGUUUAUUCUCAUUGUAUUAGGCUUUUCUGCCUACGUGGUGGGGAGUGCUUGGAUUAAUUAUAACAGAUAUGGUCUAUCUGGAGUAGAACUUCUGCCACAUUCUGAUGCAGUUCGGGAUAUCCCUUAUCUUGUGCGGGAUUUUGCCAAAAAGAUUGCGAAUACUUUUGCAGGAGGCACUUCUCGGGGCGGAUACAGCGCUGUCUAG